AUGUUAGAACUUGCUGAAGACAAUAAGAUAUAUGAGGAACUGUUCCCUAAGCAAUUCGGUCGCUCACAGCAAAAUGAAUUUAAAGUCCUCGAAGAGAUUGGGCGUGGUUCUUUUGGGUCUGUACGCAAAGUGCUUCAUAUUCCGACUUCGAGGUUAAUGGUUCGUAAGGAAAUCCAAUAUGGGAACAUGAAUACUAAGGAACGUCAACAACUUAUAUCGGAAUGUUCAAUUUUAGCAAGAUUACGGCAUGAAAACAUAGUUGAGUUUUAUAGUUGGGACCAUCCAGCUUCUGGAAGAGUAAAUUCCAAUGGUACCACUUUCCAGGGAGAAGUUUUGUAUCUUUACAUGGAGUAUUGCUCCUGUGGUGAUCUCUCCCAAAUGAUAAAACACUAUAAGAACCAACGCAAGUAUAUAAAAGAAAAAAAUGUUUGGAGAAUUACAGUUCAAAUUUUAAUGGCAUUGCAUAAAUGUCAUACAUCUCGUGAUUUACCUCAAUUAGAGACAAUUUAUGACAUGUGUGAUGAGGGAUCAGCAAAUAGUCACUUAGUCAUUCAUAGAGACUUGAAACCAGGGAAUAUCUUCUUAACUAGUUCCGAAGAAGAGGCCAAGGAAUUUGGUCGUGGUGGAAACAAUGUUGAAUAUGGCAAGGUGUAUGUGAAAUUAGGUGAUUUCGGCCUUGCAAAAUCGCUGCAAUCAAGCAUUGAGUUUGCUACAACAUAUGUGGGCACACCAUAUUACAUGUCACCAGAGGUCUUGAUGGACCAACCAUAUAGUCCACUUAGCGAUAUUUGGUCUCUUGGGUGCGUUAUUUACGAGAUGUGCGCAUUACAAGUGCCUUUCCAAGCUAAGAAUUUUAUGGAACUACAAACGAAGAUCAAACAAGGUUACGUUGAACCAUUACCCGAUCACUAUAGUAGUGAAUUACAAGAUGUAAUAGAAGCAUGUAUCAAUGUUGACCAAGCUAUGCGUCCCAGUGCCUUUGAAUUACUUCAGAGGAUUCAAUUGAAGAUAGCAAGAAAGUCAUUGGAAUUAGAGAAGUUCGAAAGACAUUUAUUAGUUUAUGAAAGAGAAUUGACCAAAAUAGGAGAAAUGUUGGAAAUGCAAGCCAGAGAUUAUGACAGGGAAAUAAACGGUCGCAGGCUACGAUACCGUAAAGAUUUCGAGACUGCAGUAGACAAAAGAGUCAAGGAAUUCAUGAGUGGGAAAAGAUACCAAGAAGCUCCUGAAUUCCAAGAUCGAUACAACGUUCGCAUGCCUAUAAACCCAUGGCGAUCAGAUAGGAAAAUGUGA